AUGGAAUUUGCCGUUGGUACUGCUCUCGGGGCUGCCGGGCUUCUGUUCGGCUUCAAAGGGGCGCUGGAUGGAUAUAACGCGCUUUCCGACCUCUUCCUUGAGGACACCGGGCUUCAUUACCUGGCCCUACGCUACCGCUUCGAGGCCUUCAAAUUCGAACAGCUGGGCCGGUAUUGCAAGGUUGACGAGCCGGAUGGGGCGUGUAUCCUGCUUCAACGGCCUCGUAGGGACCAAGAAGUUUUUCUAAGCCAUUUGAAUGAAGUCCAACGUAGACAGCAAUUCGCCGCAUCCAAGUUCCUCGAUAAGUACAACCUGGGCGAAGAGCAGCCGGGAACCCCCGCGGCCACCACAGGCGAUGGUCUCGUUGCUCCCGAAUCAAAAAGCUCCUGGGUCGCGAUGCUGAAGGAGCAGAAGACACUGAAGCCCAAUAGUUUUAGGUCCCGGCUUCGCUGGUGCCUAUCGCACAAAGAGGAAUUCCAGAAGCUUGUUGAACAGCUAGCACAACUUAACAACGACCUUUGGGACCUCGCAAAGGCUGAAGAGGACGAAGCUGCUCGCGUCGUGGCCGGCGUACUCAAGGAGCUCGACGACUUUUGGGUCCGUGUCAGGCCCAAGGAGCUUAACGAGGCACAAAUCGCCACGACCGUCCUGGAUGGGCUCGAAAGAUUUCUUCCCUCAAUUGUCAAAAGCAGUAUCAAUAUACAACAACUCAUUGACCAGGUUAUUGUGCAAGUAAAGGAGGGAAUUGCAAAAGAUAAAAGCAAUCUGGCAUCCGAUGACGAUGGGUCCGAGAAGAGAACACCGUCCAGCAUCGUCAAGCUGCUCGCGCGGGCCAAGGCCAUACAGGCCGAAAAGGUGGAGGAGGCGGCCAAGCGGGUUACUUAUAUCAAUACGGCCGAGUUGGAAAGCUUCGAGGUCCAUGACCAUGCCGACGUCAGCCAAGCGAAGUCGAGAUACAUGGGCGAGUACCAGAAAAAAGGGAAAACAAAGACGCCAGUGCUGGUGGAGUGGAAGGUAGUGACAGCUGGGAACCCAGCUCAAGCCGAAAUUCUUACCCGUAUUGAGGCGCUCGGAACCCUACUUUGCUCAGCUGGGGCCGCUGCCGACUUCUGUCUGUUUGAAUCCCUAGGCCUGUACCGCGACAGGUCCCAUGAAGAGAGUACUGACGGCUCGGUGCAACGCAUCGGAUUUGUCUACCGCCUACCUCCGAGGUCACCAGCCCGGCAAGUGCCAGCGUCACUGCUUGAUCUCAUACAGGCUGCCAAGUUGCACCACUCUCGUCCGCCGCUAGGCGACCGCCUCGCACUGGCGUACAGGCUUGCAUCUGCCGUAUCGCUCCUGCAUGUGUCCGACUGGCUUCACAAGUCCAUGCGCAGUAGCAACGUACUUUUCGGCCCAGGCACGUGGCCCUCUUCCGCCGCAGCGUGGGGGAGUAGCCCAUCGUCAUCAUCGUCACCAUCGUCACCAUCGUCACCAUCGUCAGAUGUUACCUCACCCUACAUCUGUGGGUUCCAGUACAGUCGGCCCUCAGACGACAACUCCCUGGAGGCGGGGGAAUGGGGCGGCGAUGGCGGUACUGGUAACGAAGGUGGGUUGGACUACUACCGACACCCAUCUGUGGCACAGUCAGGCUGGACCAAGGUCGCCGAGAUCUACAGCCUGGGGGUGGUUCUGCUUGAGGUGGCGCACUGGCGGCCACUUUUCAGCAGCAGCCAGCUGCGGAAAGCGACAACACUCACCAAGGUGCACUGGGACGUCAUGAAGGAGGUCGAAGGCACGAAAGCCAUGCAACUCAGGGGCCUUGUUGGUUCUGUCUUUGUCGACUCGAUCAGGUGCUGCCUUUUGGCCGUGAGUGGUCGUUCCUUGGGUGUGGAGACGGGAACUUCGGCCGUCGAGGCAAAGCGACUGAACGAUGCCUUUGUAAGACUCGUCCUAGAGCCGAUUGCCGCUUGUAAAGCUUGA